GUUUCUAUCUUAUUUUGAUAAUCUCUCAAAACUGAACCAUGCGUAAUGACGUUUUAAGUUAUAUACAUUUUGUGUCAAUACGGUGAUUUAAAAUCAAAAUCAAAUGAAUAAGUCUAUACGAAAUUCGUUUUGAAUCCUAAAAUAAAUAGGAUAUACUGUAAUUAGUAUUCUGGAUGGAUAUACAUAAAAUUUAACAUGCUUUGAAAAAGAAAUACAUUUUAACAUAUAUUUGAAAAUGGUUUUUAAACAUGCAAUGCAAUUGGAGCAGUUUGACUUAUUUGUUGAUUUCUGAAUUGCAUUGACGUUUUGAAGUAUUACAACAGUAAAUAAUCAUCCGUCUGUUUGUUGGAUUAUUUAAAACACAAAGAAGGAGAAGGAAGUAUAUAAAAAAUAUAAAAUUUGGAAAAUUAAUCAAAAUAUGAUGUCAGUGUAUCGUCUAGCAGAGGAAUACCGAGAUGUGGAGACCCCCGAUGGUCUUCAGAUUGGACCAAUUCGAAUACCAGUAGCCCAUACCUAUGGUCCAAUACGAGGUGUAGAAGGAAUCAAACUGUGCUCUCCUUCAAAAGAAUUGAUGACAUAUGAUAAUCGAGAACCGCCACCGUCUCCGCCAAAUAGUCUCGAUUUGGACAAUGAACAUGAUUAUAUUAUGAACAAAGCUCUCAGAUCCUACAAACUCCAUAGAGAUAAGGAAAAGGCGGAAAAUAGGCAAAGGCAUUUAAGAUCUGCCUGCUUGAAACGAUGGAAGACCCCUGAGCCACCAAGAAAUAUUCAGUCUGCAGGAUCAGAAAGGACGAGACCAGUCCUUGUACCAAAAGAUGCUAUAAAUGAAGUUAGGGAUGCAAAUAUAUCUGAAGAAGAUAUGAAGGUGAAAAACAAGAAGUCACUUGACUUAAACAAAGUAAACGUUGGGAGAGUAUUUGAAUUGAAUCGGAUAACUGUAGGAGUUUCUAGAAUGGCCGACCAAUCCCCGUCACCAACAAAAAGUGCCUCCUUUCAAAGACGUAAUAAAACGAGCCAACAAUGGUAUAGUCAAAGUGUUCCGAAUACAAGCUACAUCAACAAUCACAUGAGACUUUACAAUGGGCAGGGGAACAGUGGGCAUCAAAGUAGACAUUCCCAUAAUUCCAAAGUGCCUAGGUCGGCCUCAACAGCACGCAGUGACACUUCGAGUAGACCGGAAUCUGCCACUCAUUUUAAUUCAAAUGACGGAGGAAUAUUUCUACCAAAUAGACCAAAACAUGAUUAUUUUGUAAUUGAUCCUGAAUGGGUUUCUGAAUCAUUGACAAUACAGAAACUUAGUUUAAGUGAACGAAAACCCACCUAUGCCACUAGGACAAUGACAUGGCCUGGCAGACGAUGCAAAAGUGCCCCGCCAUCUAAAUGCAGGAAUCCAAUCACUUGGAAUGUUGUAGAUUCGGAGUCAUAGUAACAUCUAAAAUAGAAAGAAUAAUAUUAUACAAGUAAGAUUGCAGGAAUUCAUGAAAAAUCCUGGUAUCUUACAUUGUUCUGCGUUUAAUAAAAUACCGUGGAUGAACGAGAAUGAAACAUGAGAUAUGAACGUGCAUGUCCGACAUAUUUGUGUGUGCCUAGAAACAGUUAUAUCCGGCGAAACAUAUAAUUUGCUAUUUAAAUAUUCAAAUGGCGAAGAAUACCACAAAGCUGAUGAUUAUUCUCUUCAUGAAAAUGCCGGCUUUGUAUGUAAUAACACGGGCGAACUUUUUAUUUGGUGCAACGUAAAUAUUCACUUUGCAAUGCAAUUCAUAAGUAUUUAAUCUAAAGCUACAUCAUAUAUUCACGCAAGACUGUUGUGCUAUGUAUAAACCAUACAUUUGAAAACCCUAGGAUCAACCAUUCUAUAGGGAAUGUGACAUUCAUUUAUAUGCACAUAGAAUUGUCACACACAAUUAUUCUUCAAUUUGCAACCAUAAAAAUAAAAUAUUGAUUCCAA